AUGCUUAUAGAGGUUUUGACGGAGAAACCAGACCUAAACACUCAAUUUUUUGGUGGUGGUGGGUUUGACUCUGAAAAAGUAAAGGAGAAGGAAAUCAAUUCUUUUCAACUUUUGGAACCAGCCUUAAAAUCCAAACAAAAACACAGAUCUGAAAACCUCACAGCAAAAGUAGUCCUAGAAAUUAAAAAGCCAAACAGGGCAGAAGUGGUUAAGGAGACUUUUGAGACCAUGAUAGUAGCGUUACCAGUGGCAAAGAGUGAGUUGACCCUGAAGGCAGCAUGUGAAUUACGAAUGCAUGAUGACAUUGGAAGAAGUCCACCGAGUGGUAGCUCAAAAACGGGAUUUUGGAAGCUUCGAGGAUUGUCAAAUUCAGCUUUAGAAGAGUGUUGUAAUGGAGACUUUUUUGAAACCAUCAUGGAACAUACUGUCAAAAAAGGAAAUGAAGAGAUUAAUUCUGCCAACGGGAAAGCAGCAGCGGCUACAGACCAGUGUGAUGACAUCUUCGCAGGAAGUAAUAUUUCGCAACCACUUGGGGCCACAUGUGUAUCAUCUUCAUUAACUAAUUAUGCCUCAUCUAAAUCAAAAAGAUCAGUAAUUUCAACUGGCCUUCAAGAAGAUUGGCCGAAAUUAAAAUCCAGAGGAAUAGUCAUGCAAUUUGAUUCACAUGUGGAACAUAAUGGUAUAAAUAAUGAUGGCUCAUUUAGUUCAACUUCUCCAACCUUUGCCAAAGUCAAGGAUGAACCUUGGGACUACAUUGAAAACCUCAAUGUUAAAAAGAAUUAUUUGGGUAGGUUUCAUAUCGAACUCCCAAAUGUAAAACAUGAAAGGGAAGUCCAUAGUGAAUAUUCCGAAGAUCAAGUCGAACAUAUGACCUUAACUGAUCGACUACAUUUCCUCAAGGCUAGAGCUGAUUCUAGUUUAAAUAUUUCUACAAGCUACUCAUCUUUGAAGAAGACUCGGCCUUUUUCCUCUUUGUCAAGCCCAAUUUUUUCAAAAUCUGCCGAACCUUCAAGCAUCAUGUGUAGGCGCAAAAGAAAAAAAACAGCCACUGAUUCAGUUCAAGAAGCACUUGAAGAGGAUGCUCCUGGGCUCCUGCAGGUAUUGCUUGACAAAGGUGUAUUAGUUGAUGAAAUUAAACUUUAUGGAGACGAAGAAGAUGAUGAACCUCUGGAUGAAUCAUUUGCUGAAGAUAGCUUUUCAGAGCUUGAGGCUGUGAUGGUCAAGGUCUUGCAUGCUCUUGUUCUCGGUAUUGUCAUGGACACCCUGAUAGUGCUAGAGCGCCCUGAAUAUGGUUAUGCAACCUACUUCUUUGAGCUGGUAGAAUCCUUACCUGUUGAAUGGCAGGUCAAGCGGUUGGUGAUUGCCAUGAAAUUGCCUACCUGUAGCAGGAUUUCCAUUAUUGAGAAUAAAGAAUUGGUGGUUGGAGAAGAUUUGAGUGAAGGUGAGGCCAAGGUGCUAAUGGAAUAUGGUUGGACGCCAAAUACCGGCCUGGGAACUAUGCUUAACUACUGUGACAGAGUCGUACAUGACAGGAAAAAUGAGGGCUUUUCUUCAGAAUGGCGAUCUAAAAUAGGGAAGUUAUUGGUGGAUGGUUACAAUGGCGGAACCAUAGUAAAGCGUAACGUUCCAAGAAAAGAUUCUGAAAGCCCUGUCAUUGGCACAAACUAG